AUGGCAGUAACGGAGGCUAAGACGGCAGCUUUUGCUCGUCUGUAUGAGGAACUAGGGAACAAUGGCGGGGAAAAGAAGUUAUUCCGACUCGCCAAGGUGAGAGAGAGGACGGCUCGGGAUCUGGACCAAGUGAGGUGCAUAAAAGAUGAGGACGGCAUUUUGAUGGGGGAUGACCAGAUUAAGAGGAGAUGGCAAACCUACUUUCAUAAACUUCUAAAUGAAGAAGGGGAUCAGGAUAUUGUACUAGGUGAAUUGAGGAAUGCUGACAACCCCCAUGAAUUAAGUUAUUGUAGGGACAUUGAGGUCGAUGAGGUCAUGGAGGCAAUGCGUAAAAUGAGGAGGGGCAGAGCUACCGGGCCAGACGAGAUUCCGGUUGAACUUUGGAGGUGUGUGGGUAGAGCAGGCUUGGAAUGGCUUACUGGGUUGUUUAAUAUUAUAUUCAAGACUAAUAGGAUGCCUGAAGAGUGGAGGCGGAGUACAAUGGUUCCGUUGUAUAAGAACAAAGUCCCUCUGUUUUCCCGUGGCAAAAUUUGUGUGAAUGGGAAGUUGGUAGAGAUACCUUUUUUGGCGGAAAAUUCUCUGCCCCCUUCUGAAAAGUAUCUGACGGUUGAUUAG